GGCCGACAACGUGACAUCGGAAUUCAAGAUGCCUACGACUCGUUCUGGAACCGCCGGGGCGGCUGAGGCGGCCGCUGCGGAAGAGGUAGAGACUUCCGUCACGUCGGGGUCCAGUGAGCUUCAUGAGUUGCAGGAUCAGCUUGCGACGUUGACAGAGUUGGUUACUCAGCAGGCCGCGGCAGCACGACAGCAGAUAGACGCUGCGCGUCGGCAGGAGGACAGGAUGAAGAGGUUAGAGGAUCUAUUACUGCGGCAGACGACCGAUAGAGAGAUUCCAGGUUCUGUACCUCCGGAUUCUGUACCUAUAGUACCAGAGAGGGGCACCACAGUGAGAGCACAGUCACCGGUACCCGAUACACCCCCAGUAGCUCCGAGGGCAGAGACCCGACAGGAGACAGUAGUACCACCACCAGUACCUGUAGCAGCAGUUGGGACAGUGUUACCCGAGAUGGUGGGGGUUGAGGAGCGAGAGCGGAUGAUGGAACGACUGAAUGAAUUCCGUCGCUGCAACCCUCGUGUCUUUGAUGGGGAGAAAGCAGAUCAUUGGGUGGUUGAAAAAUGGUUAAUGCAUAUGGAGAAACUAUUCUAUGACACUUUUGUUGAGGAGCGGUACCGAGUUUGGUUUGCGACACACCACCUUGAUGGCGAGGCUUACAGGUGGUAGGUGGACAUCCGGGAGGAUCCCCGUGCUGAUUUGUCUGCUAUCACGUGGAACAGGUUCAAGGAGUUGUUGUUGACUACCUAUUUUCCACAGAGUGUGAAGAGGCAGAUGGAAAGGGAUCUGAGGAACUUGAGACAGGGGGACAGGACAGUGGCU